CCGAAUUAUAGUCGUGAGUAUAUGCGUAGGUGCACAGUACGUCUCAAAACCACCAGCACACAGCAUGUACGCCAGCGUCCUGCGAUAUUUGUAGCGCGAUAUACAUUUAGCAAGAGCAUCAUCGGCGGCGCCUGGAUGAGUCAAGCCCCAGGAUCGACCGUGUCACGCCCCUGCAUCACAUCGAAGAUCUACCAGCACUGCGACAUCGCCACAGCAGCCCCCGCGAAAGCUAUCAGCAGCCGCAGUCGUCGAGAGUCACGGAUACAGUGCUUUACAUUGCGGCCGCGGCGCUGGCUCCCUCCCGCAUCGCUGUGACUCGGGCGUACAACAGUCGCAACAGUCAGAGCACCUCUGCGGUACCCGUGAGGUCUCAUGCAUACAGAUCGAUCACUUCUCGUGUUCCACCACAAUCUUGAAUCAAAUUGUUUGAUCGCAAGUAGACAUCGGUUCAACCUCCUUCGCUCGUUGAGUCAGCAACAAUGUCGACUGAUGCCAAUGCAGAUCAAGCUAGCACCUCUGCGCCCUGGUUUUCGCCUGCCCAGGCUCAGGUCGCGCCUACGAAGGCAACAACACGCCCGUCAGCCUCCGAUUCAGCUGCGAGUCCAGGUCACUCUGCUCCCGUGGUGACAGGCGUCUCUGAAGUUACUACUAGCGCAGCCUCGUCGACUGUGCCAGCUAUAGCCGAAAGUGCAAAGCGCGGCGCGACUGCGCCUGGACCACUGCUCGACAGAGCCGAGGUUGCUCGCGAUCAGAACAUCUUCAGGCCCAAUGGAGAGAUCGUCUUUCCCAGAUCCGAUGGAGACCCUGAGUAUGGUCCGCCAAACACGGCCCUUCCCAAACCGACAGACUCGGAAGUCAACUACUACCACAGCUGGGGAGAUAUAGCAACGGCGGAAAGAGACUGGGGAAGCAAAAUCGGCAGCUUUUUAGCUCAGGAAUUUGGUCUACCCGCCAACCCACCGCAAGGCAAACGUUGGUUCGUCGGGCGCUUUCCUAAGCACUACGAGAUGACAGAGCAGCGCAAGGGUCUGCAGGUUAGCCCGCGUACGGAUCCGUAUUUGUUCGGCUCAAAAGCGCAUCGGUUCCGCAGCGCCGUAGAGAGCCAUGCACACUUCAUCCUCCUCUUGCUGGAUCCUACCAUGGAUCCGCGAAAUUGCUCGUGCAAAUACUGCAAGGGCAAAGGUACGGAGCCUAAGACCUCCGCCAGCUACAUGCCCAAAGGGCCCAAGGCGACGAAGGCUGCCGCACCUCGGACCUCGAAAGGCAAUGAUCGAAAAGGCGCAACGGGCAAGAGGCGAAAUGUCGAUGCACCCAAGCCAAAUGAAGCUUACAUUCGUACUCGCCGCCUUGUGAAACGCGAUCACCUCCCUGGUGUACCCAUCCACUCCGCUCCAGAGCGCGAGGCUGAGCUGGCCCGAGGAACCCCUCAAAGAGGUCAAAGAGAAGGCUUCAGAGCUGGCGAAAUGUGUUGGGCUGCCUUACCCGAACCCGUCGAGGCGCCCAACAAGGAUCCCACAACCCGCGUAACUCAUCUCAUCGUCACUAUCGACAGGAAAGAUUUUGACGUGACCGUGGCUCCUGAUGUCGGUGAAACUCCAGGCAGCUUCGAUCUCACCGGUAGAGUGUCUCAUGCUCCAGUCUACCUAGUCAAGGUCCUUGGGACCAAUGAGCUUGCCAGAGUGAAAGAGGAAGACCUGAUACCUUUGUUAGCAUUCAAUGUCGCGGGCGAGCUCACGCAAUGGUUGAAGGUCGACCCUGCAGAGGUGCCGUGGCUCGAGGACGAUUUGCCGCCUCCCCUUCAUCUAUUCCCAGAUCCAAAUGCCAUGCCGGCAACAACUGAGACUAGACCAAACUUCGUCACCAUUGUCUCGGCAUUUGCUCACGGGCUGCGAAUCGCAUCUCUCAUUCGUUCUACAUUCACCCCUACGGACAGCUUCAAAAGGGAUUCUUGGGGACUUCCUGCGCCGACAACGCACCCCAUACCAAAUGUACCUGACGCUUCGAAAGAGCGGAGUGGGGCUCAGAGUGGAGCGAACCAGAACGGAGAAGGUGGUAGUCCAGCUGCCGGUGCUGGCAAUGCUGCGCCCGGCGGUGAUGUUCCUCCCGCACCACACCAGUCGGGUCCAGAAGUGGACAACAACCUCUACUAUCAAGGUAUUCUUUUUGGGCCCGAGAGAAUCUGGGUAGGCGACACGGUACGCCUGAACUUGAGCGCUGCACAGGUCAAAAAACUGCUACACGACAUGGGUCCCAAUGAGAAGAUGCCAGGUGUGUCCUCCAAUGUCAACGUCCCUUUAGUGAUGCGCAUCAAAGCCAUCUUCACGCCCGAGAAAAAGAAAGCAAAGCUCUCGGCAGCAGAGGUGAACGCAGCGGCCGAAGAGGAGGAAAGAGCGGCGGCGCAGGGCAUUCGGGACAAAUCGGCCGCAGCUGACGACGCAGGGGAGGAGCCUGUGGAAUAUCGCAUCGCCGGCGACCUGUACCAGGUCUUGGAAGAGGAGGAGGCAAAGAAGCUUCAACUCGAGAGUCACAUGGCGCCGACGUCGACACUGGGCCCUGUUGCACGGAGUACGUACGUCAUACCCGUUCGACCUUUUCUCGUCGAGCUUCCAUCCAAACUCCCGCCGUCUGGUAUUCUUCCAGAGGGUUUCACCUUGCAACGCGUCAACCAAGGCAGCAUCGAGGUUGAGUGUCCACUCAGCCAGAUCGCGGGCCGCUUGUGGACGAGCUACGCGCCCUCCGAGCCACUUCCUCGCAAGGUUUUGGAGCAGCGGGAGGUGCCGCUUCAAGCGCCAUCGCAAGAGGCGACGGACGCGUACACUGUCUCGUUGAGUUUGGCAGGACUCUUGCCUGGUCAUCUCAAGAUGGUUGCGGCAGAAACACCAAAAUUGGAUCGAGACCAAGCCGUGCGAGAAUGCGAGGGAACGGCCCGCAUGCUGUUGCGUGCUUACAUUAAGAACGAGUGGAAUCUCGGUCGCGCAGCUGAUGACGGUGAAGAGGCCAAUUCGGAGUCAAAUGGCGAGGGUAACGGAUCUGUCGAGAAGCGCAAGCGCGGUCGACCUAGCGGCAGAAAAUCAAGCACGACGGAUGCUGAAGGUGCUCGCAGCUCACCGAAACCCGCUGGACACACAUCCGCAAGCGGUACUCCAGCAGCAAAGAAAGCUAGGAAGAGCGCAGCCUCGGAUAUUUCGGGCUCGCCAUCGACCUCCACGCCGAUAGCAAAGCCAAGAAAGAAGUCGGCAGCGUCGGCGGCGUCUGCGCUCGCGGACAGAGAGGAGAGUCCGCCUUUGCCUCCUGGUUGGAUCAAGAAAGUCAGCAGAAAGGGUCAGGGUACAUACUAUGCAAAUCCAGAACUCAGAAAGGUCUCUUGGGAGCGACCGUAGCCGCUCUGGCGUUCUCAAGGCCGCUUCACGUGCGCUUCGCCAUGCUCUGGUCGCAUUGCCAUGCUCAUAGGCGGCCCGCGCUCGAUAGAUCCUUCACAAUAGCGUCGUAGACACUGAAAGUGCUUCGAGCUCAUGUAUGUCACCCUCACGGAGCUUAGCGCGACGCU